AUGCAUUCGGACAAAAAGGCCAGCGACGAUGCUCGCGAUGUUGAUGCGAAAAGUCCGGAGCGUUUUGCCAGAUCUUAUCGGCCUUUCGUCUCAGAACGGUCUCGACCUGGAAGGUUCGUGGAUAAAUUGCCCUGCCCUGCCCUGGCUGGCCUGUUGGUGGCGCAUGCAAAGUCUCGUCGGAUGAACGGCAGCGCCAGCCGGGUUGGUGACGGGGCGCUUGGCUGGCUGGGAAUAGCGCUGGGACAGCGGGCGCAAAACCCGGCGGACAGCGAGGUGGUGGUGCAUCCAGGCACCGCAGCCACCCACCUACAGCACCGCACACGGGCAGCACAGCUCACAGCCCUGGAUGGCUCGGCAACUGGGGAGGUGGCAGUGCUGGCAAGCUCCCUCGCCAGCACCUCAAUCGAACGCACCCCGGACCAUCACCAACAGCACCCCCAAGACGGACACCGUCCCGACCCGGUCCACCAUAGGUACCACACCAGACGACCCCAUUGCUUCCGGACGGGCCAUCACAUCAUAGGUAGACAGCCAAAGCCGCAACGCGAUACGAUCGACACAAGCCCAUCAUCAUACAUGAACUUUAAUAUAUAUAUAUUUCAAGAUAAAAAAUACAGCACAUGGCGUCAUUAG